CAAAAUGCAGAACAACAAUCCCGGAUAAAAUUUUCCGGCCAAGAAACGUAGAGUCCGUGGAAAAGCAGACCUCCGUCUCCGGCAUGGAACUUCUCGGUCACAAUUUCACCGGCAGCUUGGCCAUUCCUUCUUCCAAUCCUCUCCGACGGAGCUCUCUUUGCGGGAGAGGACCAACCCUAUUCUUGCGAUCGAAUCCCUUCUCGCCCCAUUCUAGAAGGAGCUUUCGAUCUCAUUCACAUAAGGCAGAGCCGAUUCUAGUAAUGGGAGCGAUGGUAGGCGAGGAGGAGGAAACAAAGCAGGCGAAAGAGAUGGCUGCCGCACGGAAAAGAUGGGAAACUCUGAUUAGGGAACAAAAGGUCAAAGUUCUCACACCGAAAGAAGCUGGUUAUGCAAUUCAACUUUCUUACAAAACUCUGCUUGAUGUCCGUCCCUCGAAUGAGCACAAUAAGGCAAGGGUAAAAGGUUCUACUUGGAUACCAAUUUUUGAUGUAGACAAUACAUUUGACGUUGGAAGUUUGUCUAGAAAGAUUACAAACUAUGUAAUGGGAGGUUGGUGGAGUGGAAGUCGUACUUUGACCUAUGAUAAGAGUUUCAUAUCAAAGGUUGAGGAAAAAAUUCCAAAAGAUUCUGACCUUAUUGUUGUGUGCCAGAAAGGAUUGAGAUCUCUUGCUGCUUGUGAGCAACUCUACAAUGCAGGUUACAGGAAUUUGUUCUGGGUACAGGGUGGGUUAGAUGCAGCUGAGGAAGAGGAUUUUCAACGAGAAGGUCCUCAGUCCUUCAAGCUUGCUGGUAUUGGUGGUGUUUCUGAAUUUCUUGGUUGGACUGAUCAACAACGAGCUGUAGCAGCGAAGGAGGGUUGGGGCUACCGCUUAGUCUUCACUGGUCGCCUGCUUGGGUUAAUUCUGCUCGCAGAUGCUCUGUUUCUUGGUGCUCAACGAUUAGGCCCUCUGCUUGAAGAACUUAGGUCUCAUUAAGACAUUCAUGGAGCCUUCUACUUUGAAGUGAAGAAUUGUUAGCUUUUUUGAAUAUCUGGUACUGUCCUUCUUCAUCUGAUUUGGUUGAAGCUCUCCUCUUAUUUGUUUUAUUGAUAUCCUGAUCCUUCCCUCGGUGUUCAUCGUCUUUGUUCUGCUCUGCUUGUAAACUUUAACUUUGUGCAUUCAGUUUUCCUUGAGAAAAUGUAAUGACGAUGACGAUGACAACAACAAAAGGGAACCGAAUAUUGCAAAUCAA